CGAAGUAACACGUAUUAGUGCCAGGCGACAAUGCAAACAACAACGAGUGUCGUCAGCGCAAAUGGAGCAUAUCCUGGAGUCAAUUUAGUUGUAUUGCGCCGGGCUCAGUUCAUACGGCUGCGGCCCGCCUCUCCGUGCUGACUGUUAAAUCACCGAAAUCAUGAACGCCCUUCAACUCUGCCUGUUGGCGAGCUUGUGUAUAUGCUCCCACUCCUUGCCACCGGAUAAGAUGAAACCUUUUCACAUCAUCAAGACACGGAGUAUAGACUUGAACAACGCUCGCGGCUUAGUGAUGGAGACCAGACUGGAAAAAUCCGUGGAACCAACCGGCUAUCGACUAGAGCUUGAACCGUACUUAGAGGACGCACUAUACAAAGGUCACGUGAGCAUCAACGUGACGUGGUUGGAAGAUUCGAACACUAUCAGCGUGCACUGCGCCCACGAGGUCGAGAUCACUGAGUCGGAGGUCAAGGCCUACUUGCCGAGCGAUGCAAAAAAACCUCAAAAGAUUCCAAUAAAGAAGACAAGCAUGGACCCGAGGAAGCCGAUCUUCACCCUGCGCCUGGAGAAGCUGGUGCCCAAGAACUCCGUGGGGUACAUCAACUUUAGCUUCAAGGCGAGCAUGCAGACGGCCAACACGGAGGCGUUCUUCAAAACCACAUAUGUUGACGAGCAGGACGUCGAGAGAAUGGUAGCAGCAACCCAGCUGCGUCCAAACAACGCGCGGAGGAUGUUCCCGUGUUUCGACGAGCCCGGGUACAAGACCCCUUUCGAGCUCAGCGUGGUGCGACCCCGGACUAUGAUCGCUUUGAGCAAUACGCCUGUUGCGAGGACUGAGGAUAUUAACGGUGAACCGAACGCAGUGUGGGACCACUUUGAAAGAACACCUCCCAUGUCCACGUUCACGCUGGGCCUGAUCAUUGCUGAUCUCAAGCAGCUGGGGGAGUCCAUCCAUUACAAGGACGACAAUGGAAAUGAUAUCGAACUUCGAGUUUGGGGCCGGUCGGAAUAUUUACAAGCACUAGAAGGUGUCAACGAGAAGUUGUCGCGAGUGUUUGGUGAAGUCGCCAAGUUCUGGCAGGUGUCUCUGCCUCUGCGCCGGCUCGACAUCGUGGCAUUACCCAACUACCAGGGGGUGAAGCCAGCUGACAACUGGGGAUUGAUUGUUUACAAGGAAAGUGAUCUAUGCAACAAUGGAUAUUUGUAUCUGGCGCACGAAAUCUCGUACCAAUGGCUGGGGGCGUUGGUGACCCCUGCCUGGUGGUCGGACGCGCAUCUGAACAAAGCGUUCGUUGGAUACUUGGCUGCGGAGAUCGCUUUUAAGUUAGACGGCGGUUCGGAGAUGGACGGCAAGUGGCCGAUGACGAUGCUGUACUCGCUGUACUACGAGUUCAGCAAGCGCUACCCGCACUCCCGGAUCACGGGCAUGAAGCAGGAGACCGCCUGCUUCAAGAUCGAGCUGCUCUUCCGGAUGUUCAACUAUACCAUUGGAGAAGACACGUUCAAGAAAGGGAUCAGGACGUUCAUUGAGUCAAAGAAAUUCAAGACCUUUACAGGCGAUGACAUCUGGAAUGCGUUGAACGAAGCGGCGUUGGCGGACGGCAAGAUACCAAAGGAUGUGGACAUCAAGACUGUGGCUGCGAGCUGGAUUGAUAAGGAGAGGUUGCCUCUUAUCACAGUUAAGAGGAACACUGAUGCCAAUUCUGCUUUGGUGUCCCAGAAAGUGUACCUGCGCGAACGGCCCCACGAUGUACCGGAUGCUGCCAAGUUGUUGUGGUGGGCACCAAUCGUGCUAUGGCGGAGUGAUAACCUGGACUUUACCAACACAAUGCCUGUUACAUGGAUGAGGAACCACAAGGAUCUAAACCUUGUGAACAUGCCUGAUAAAGAACACUUCAUCAUUGUUAACCCUGAGGAGAUUGCACCGUUCCCAGUAAACUACGACGAUGAGAACUGGAAACUUAUCUCCGAAUUCCUUCAAAGUGAAGACAGUACCAAAAUUCCGGAACUAACACGAGCUAAAUUACUCCAUGACGCGUGGAACUUGGCGUACGCCGGUGAACUCUCAUUUGCCACUGCCCUGAACAUGACACUCUUCUUGCCUAAAGAAAAGCAUCCUUUGGUCUGGGAUCCGGUGUUUACCAUGAUAGAUCAUGUUGGACGGCAUAUUUGCACUUCCCUGCAAGAUAAAUUUCGGGCUUAUGUGCGCAACUUGCUCGCACCACUGUACAACGAGCUGGGUAAAGACGCCAGUGAUAAAGAGCAUAAGUGGAAGAAGAGCCUCCGCUCGAACGCUAGGUAUUUCCUGUGCAGUACAGGGUACAAGCCUUGCGUGCAGGAAGCCCAAGAGCAGUUCAGCAAGUGGAUGCAAGCUCCUAACCCUGAUGAAGGGAAUCCGGUAUCUGACAGCUACCUAUGUCCAGUAUUCCGCUGGGGAACGCAACAGGAGUGGGACUUUGCUCUUCAAAGAGUCAUAAAAUUCCCCCCAUCGAGGACAAAGAGUGAAAGGACUUAUCUCCUCAAAACUCUUGCUGGUUGCCCAUAUGAUGAACACAAGAUCGAAAAGAUCCUGAACAUAACACUCCUGGAGGAAAAUGGCAACUUUACUGAGUCGGACUUGUUGCUAAUCUUCAGUAUGCUGACUGGAAGUCCGCAAGGGACCUCGGCGCUAUUCCAUUUCCUUGCUAAUAACUGGGAGCUGUUAAAGGAAAGGUACUCAAGUAGAACCAAUGUCUGGGACAGUCUAAUCUCAUGUGCUACGUCCCGUUUCACAACUCAGGAGGGCUACGAUCUCGUAUCCAACUUUUAUGUGGAGCAUAAGGGUGAGUUUAGCUCCGCGCAGCAUAUUAUGGAGAAAGCUCUGCGGAACAUUCUGGAAGAGACGAAGUGGUCCGCGGACAACAUUCCCGUGCUGGAGCGCUGGCUGGACAACUAUCUACAGAACACUGAGAUGGAAGAAGACCAGUAUGAGAAAAACUGACACCAGAUGAGUAUGACAUCGCGACUUAAUUUUAAGUGACGGUUUAACGACACUAAUCUUUAGGUAUAGACGAAAUACACCAAUGUUCAAAACUUAACAAUUAAACAAGCGUAGGUAAAGCCAAAUUAAUUCCUGUGUUUAAAAUCCAAUUAUUAGCUAUCAAUUUAUUAAAAAAACGUGCUGAUCUUUUAUCUUCUUAAAUAAAAUGGAGUAAUUUCUGUACUGAGGGCUUGUUAAAAUAUAAAUUAUUGUUAAGCUUAAAUACUUUUUUAUAAUAAUACAUAAAUAAUUAAUUA